AUGCGCAGGAGAAGGAGGUGCGCGAGCUGCGUGGGCUUGUGCCUAGGCGCUUGUGUUUCGGGGUCUUGUGGUGGCACCGGGGGAGCCGGGCUGGCGACUUUGGCACUCUUGGCGUUGGGUGGGCGGCACCUUGGGGGUCACAUGAGCCAGUGGCAUCAUGCCCGUGGGCGCUGGGGUCAGCGUCGUGGCUUUUCCGGACGUUCGUCGGCCAGGAGGAAGGGCGGAAAGCACAUCCCGGAAAGUUGGAAAGAGUAUCUCCCAGUUGGACAGCGGAUGCCUGGGACGCAUUUCAUUGCUGUCAAAGUUCCUUUAAAAAAGAGAUUUGACAAGAAUCUUGCUCCAGAAGAAUGUUUCUCCCCCUUGGAUCUUUUUUAACAAACUCCAAGAACACAACGAAGAACUUGGGCUGAUUAUUGACU